GGCGGUAACGGGUUCCCGUCGCUGACUUUUCUCCGGCAGCGGUCGCAGGCGACUGGAGAAGUUGAGCUGAAACUGCAAACGUUCCUUCCCGGCGCUUAGCAGCAAAACUCACUCAAGAGAGGAAGCAGCAGGUGAAAUUUAAAAAGCCCCACCACUUGAUCAUGGGAAAAUCAGCCUCCAAACAAUUUGCUGAAGACAUCUUGAAAGCUCACAAUGACUACAGGAAGAAACACGGAGUCCCCCCAUUAAAACUCUGCAAGAAGUUAAACAGAGGAGCCCAACAGUAUGCAGAAGAACUGGCUGCCACCAGGGUCCUCAAACACAGCUCCGAGUCUGCUAAUGGAAAAUGUGGAGAAAACCUAGCAUGGGCAUCCUAUGACCAACCAGGAAAAGAUGUGGCUGACAGAUGGUACAGUGAAAUAAAAAAUUACAGCUUUCAAAAUCCAGGCUUUUCUUCUGGGACAGGGCACUUCACAGCAAUGGUUUGGAAGAGCACAAAAAGGAUGGGAGUUGGAAAAGCAUCUGCUAGUGAUGGCUCAACAUUUGUGGUGGCUAGAUAUGAUCCAGCUGGAAAUGUAGUAAAUCCAGGCUAUUAUGAAGAAAAUGUCCUUCCUCCAAGAAAAUAACUUUUUCUUUUUAAUGUAGUCUUAUUGUCAUUAGAAGUGACCCUGGAUCUGGACUGAACAGUGUUUGAAAUGAAGUACAAUUCAGUGAAAUUUCCUGUUUGCUGCUGCUGCUCACUUCUCAUUACAGUGGAAGCAAUUACAUGUUGCUUGAGUCAAUCUGUGCAUCAGGUCCCUGUUGUUUCGGGGAGGGGGGGCUCCAUUUAUUUCAGGAUUAAAUAUAUGCAGCAUUUCUGAAGGGCAAAAUUUAGAGUGGGUUUGUUUUGGUUUGUUUUGGUUUUUUAUAGCUUGCAUGAACUCUGUGUCAGCUUGUGAGUAAGCACAUUGAAUGCCUUUUUUUAAACAAGAGAAUUUAUAGCUUUCUGUUAAGUUGAAGAUACCAGCUUGUCAUUAUGUCACCUUCUCCCAGUUUUCCCAGUAUUUUGUAAUAACUAACUUCUUUGCUCUGUCUAUACCUCCUGCUACUGUGGGGCCUUCUCCCUACAGAUGGAACAUAUGCAAAAUUUCCUGUAUGGAAGGCACAUGUGCAAAAGGUAGUGGCAUUCAGACCUGUGUGGUUUUUGUUGAAAGGAUCUCAUGGAACACUAAAACAUUGCUGGCAAAACUGUGUCUGUCGAGCAAGCCAUAACUCAAGCAUGACCUGAAGGCUACUAAAAUCCUUUACAUCUGAACAUUACAUUUUUAGGUGCUAAUAUUUAAACUCUGUUUGAGAUUAGUAUAUUUCAAGUUCAAAUCUCAUCUUGCAUUUCGUGUGUACAAUGUCUCAUGAUCAAAUUGUUUGCUUCUGUUACAGGGAAGUAAGAUGCUAGAGCAUGUUGGAUUUGAUUUCUCAAGAACUUACUUUUAUUUCCUAUGGAAUACCUUCUGCAAGUGUCACGCUAUCCAGACAGUAACAUUCCAAAUCAGCUCUUGUCUUCUUUAGUAAUGUCACAGUAGGAGGUACUCACAUGCUCAUAAUUAAGAGACAUUUACUCUUUGUUCAUAUUGUUCACUAAUAGCAAAAAU